AGAGUCUGCAGUCAGACACUCAGAGGGACUCAGCUCUCCUUUUGAAGCCUGCACAUCUUCAGUUCUCUGCUCAAGAUCAUCAUCUACCACUGCAAACAUGAGUAGAAGAGCAUAUUCAGUCACAGGCUCUAAUAUGAGCAGCGCCAGGAGGUCAUUUGGGGGGGCUCCAGCAAGCAACUACUCUGUAAAAAGAACCACCAGUCAUGGCUUUGGUUCCGGUAGCGGUUUUGGUUCGAUGUCAAUGGCUAGUGGUUCUUACGGCCAAGGAGGAAACAAUUUCAUGGCUCCACCGAUCACAGCCGUCCAAGUGAACCAGAGUCUGUUGGCCCCUCUCAACUUGGCGAUUGAUCCCACCAUCCAGGUUGUCCGCACUCAGGAGAAGGACCAGAUCAAGACCCUAAACAACCGCUUUGCCUCCUUCAUCGACAAGGUCCGUUUCCUGGAGCAGCAGAACAAGAUGCUGGAGACCAAAUGGAGCCUCCUGCAGGACCAGACCACCAGCCGAUCCAACAUCGAUGGUAUGUUCGAGGCCUACAUUGCCAACCUGCGCAGACAGCUCGACGGUCUCGGCAAUGAGAAGGUCAAGCUGGAGGGAGAGCUGAGGAACAUGCAGGGCCUGGUUGAGGACUUCAAGAUAAAAUAUGAAGAUGAAAUUAACAAACGUGCGGGUGCAGAGAAUGAGUUUGUGCUCCUGAAGAAGGAUGUUGAUGCCGCCUACAUGAACAAGGUGGAGCUUGAAGCCAAAGCUGAUGCUCUUCAGGACGAGAUCAACUUCCUCAGGGCCGUCUAUGAGACUGAACUCCGUGAGCUGCAGGGCCAGAUCAAGGACACCUCUGUCAUUGUGGAGAUGGACAACAGCCGUAACCUGGACAUGGAUUCUAUUGUAGCUGAAGUGCGUGCACAGUAUGAGGACAUCGCCAACAAAAGCAAGGCUGAGGCAGAGUGCUGGUACAAACAGAAGUACGAGGAGAUGCAGAGCUCUGCUGGACAGUAUGGUGAUGACCUGCGCUCAACCAAGACUGAGAUUGCCGAGCUGAACCGCAUGAUCGCCCGCCUUCAGAAUGAGAUCGAGUCCGUCAAGGGACAGAGAGCCAACCUUGAGCUCCAGAUCUCAGAGGCUGAGGAGCGUGGUGAGCUUGCAGUAAGAGAUGCCAAGCUCCGCAUCAAGGACCUGGAGGAUGCUCUGCAGAGAGCCAAGCAGGACAUGGCCCGCCAGGUGCGAGAAUACCAGGAACUGAUGAACGUCAAGCUGGCCCUGGACAUCGAAAUCGCCACCUACAGGAAACUGCUGGAAGGAGAGGAGAGCAGGUUGGCCAGUGGAGGAGCCAACGCAACCAUCCAUGUCCAGCAGACAUCUGGAGGAUACUCAUCCGCCAACUCCAGUAGUGGAUUUGGCUAUGGUGGGGGUUAUAGUAGUGGUGGUGCAGUUAUGUCCAAGUCCGCAGUCACAUCAAGCAGCAGAAGAUUCCAAUAAAAAGGAGAGCCGUCCCUCUUCCCCUUCAGAAGCUUUUUGAUCUGAUCUAAAUCUGUACCCUUUCAUGGUGCUAUGCAUUGCUAUUAAGCAAGUUCUACAAGAUAUGGAAUAUCCUAAAGAUUCCUGAAAGCAUGUAAUAAUUAUCACUGGCUUCUGAAGGUAAUCAAAGCCUGCAACACACCAAGGCUGGAUCAGUUAGCAGGACAGCAUUAGUUUUCAUUCUACACUGACUCCAAGGAAUAAGGAAAAAGCAAAAACAAAAAAAAUAACUAUUCUGAUAAGGUGUUAAAACUAAGCAAAGAAAACAUUUGAAAAUCAACACUCCACUUUUUGCACUAUUAGUGGGCUCAUCUGAAAUAUAGUCCUGCUGUACAGGUAGCAUGAUGGUGCUCAUCAUAGUGCUACAUGUCUUCAUCCUACAGGGCUGAUAUCAGAAAAAGGAACAAGUCACUGGCCAAAUGCUGGAAAAAUACAAACAUUUUAAAUCUGAGUGACUUUAAAAAUUAACAGUUUAACUUUGAACUGAUUGGCUAUUAACCUGUUCUUUUUUAUUUCAAAAAUGUUUCUCUGUUUAGUUUUGCCUUUCCAGAACCAAAAGAUUUAAGUAAGCUGAAACCAGGUUUAUUUUGUAAAAUCAUUAUUAACAACAUGUCAUGAAUGUUGCAACAAGUCACAUCAAAUCAACUUGAAUAAAAUAAAUCUGAGAACUGAAA